AUGUCUGGAGUGACCCGCAUUCACGCCCGCGAGAUCCUCGACAGCCGCGGCAACCCGACGGUCGAGGUCGACUUGACAACCAGCAAAGGAACGUUCCGAGCUGCCGUUCCAUCGGGCGCUUCUACAGGAAUCUACGAGGCCCUGGAACUCCGCGACAAGGACCCGCAGCGCUACCAGGGAAAGGGGGUCUUGAAAGCCGUCGAAAACGUCAACACGAUCAUCGGCCCGGCGUUGAUCGCCAAAAACAUCGACGUUACCAAGCAGGGGGAAGUGGACACGAUAAUGCUGGAAAUGGACGGGACGGAAAACAAGAGCAAGCUGGGAGCCAACGCCAUUCUCGGCGUCUCUCUCGCCGUGUGCAAGGCAGGCGCCGCGCACAAAGGGGUCCCGCUCUACCGUCACAUCGCGGAUCUAGCGGGGCACGCGGACGUAAUCCUUCCGUGCCCGGCGUUCAACGUAAUAAACGGGGGCUCGCACGCGGGGAACAAACUCGCCAUGCAAGAGUUCAUGAUUCUUCCGACUGGUGCGGGGAGCUUUCGCGAGGCGCUGCAGAUGGGCGCGGAGGUUUACCAUACGCUCAAGUCGGUCAUAAAACAGAAAUACGGACAAGACGCGACGAACGUGGGUGACGAGGGCGGGUUUGCCCCCAAUAUCCAGGACAACCGCGAGGGACUGGAGCUUCUACGAGAAGCCAUAGAAAAGGCCGGGUACACCGGACGGGUCCAAAUCGGAAUGGACACAGCUGCUUCUGAAUUCCACAAGGGGGGAAAAUACGACCUCGACUUCAAGAACCCAAAUUCAAACAGCGACGAUUGGUUGACUGGGUCCCAGCUUACGGAGCUGUACCAAUCCUUUGUCGCCGAUUUUCCAAUAGUUUCCAUCGAAGACUGCUUCGAUCAGGACGACUGGGACGCCUGGGUUGAAGUGACGUCCAAGAUGACGAUUCAGAUUGUCGGCGACGACCUCUUGGUGACGAACCCGAAGAGAAUCCGGACGGCGAUCGAGAAAAAAGCGUGCAACGCUCUCCUGCUGAAGGUGAACCAGAUCGGUUCGGUCACCGAGUCGAUCGAGGCGUGCAAGCUGUCGCAGGCGAGCGGCUGGGGGGUAAUGGUGAGUCAUCGCUCGGGGGAGACCGAAGACACGUUUAUCGCCGACCUCGUCGUGGGGCUGUGUACGGGGCAGAUCAAAACGGGCGCACCGUGUCGCUCCGAGCGACUGGCCAAGUACAACCAGCUACUCCGGAUCGAGGAAGAGCUCGGGGACAAGGCCAAGUUUGCCGGCGAAAAAUUUCGUAACCCGCUGGCCUGA